UCCUCUUACAGGCUUAACUAGUCAAAUCAGAUCAAAGAAUUAAAUAUUGCACAAUAUAUUCUCCUAUUAUAUCUUCACAGACACGGAAACUGUAUUCUGGCUGCGGUUCAGUUCCUUGUCGUCAAUGUCACUAUGGCUUAUCUCUUCACCCUUGGCUUUCUUCUUUCGAGCAUUACACUCUUGGUACUGAUACAGGUUCCUUCGUAUUCAAGCGCCUAUGAUUAUUAUACAGCUUGCGGGAUUCUGUAUGAUUGUGGGAAGAUUAGGAACGUUGGGUUUCCGUUCUGGGGACUAGCUCGUCCACAAGGUUGUGGCUACCCUGAAUUGUAUCUGAAUUGUUCUGGAAAUUCAACCUUCAUAACGAUACAAGAAGUUAGACACUUGGUUUUGGAUGCCAAGCCGGAACAGCAAGUUCUGAGAAUUGUUAGAUUCGAUUGCAUGGACGAUCUUUGCCCUGAACAGUUUAUUAACCCCAUUCUUGACCCUCAGGUGUUUGAUUAUGUGCGUGAACUAAACUAUCUUACACUUCGAUAUGGUUGUCCGUCAAUAAUUCCUUCUGUGAAGUUUGGACAGUUUUUUUGCUCCAAAAAUGGGUUUGAUGAUGAAAAUGGCUUUGUUCUGUUGGGCAAGGAUCCUGGCUUUUCUGGGCGAUGCAAUGCAAGCGUGCUUGUUCCUGUUGAAGUUCCUAUGUCACUUGUUGAUGUGAUCGAUUUGGAUAAAGUCAAAGGGGCAAUAAAAAAUGGAUUUGAAGUGAAAUGGAUAGCUGGAACUGAUGAAUGUGAUCGGUGUCAGAAAUCAGGGGGAGCCUGUGGCUAUGAUUGGGCAGCAAGACACGCUUCCUGCUAUUACAAACAUGAGUCUUCAGCCUCCUCUUCCAUAACAGGAUAUUAUUACAAAGAACGCCAUCGGUCUUCAGGGUUUUUCUUGCAUCAAGACUCAAGAAUUCAUGCUCGUUCAGCAGGACCUUCCUUUGAGGUCAUUGAGAAUUUGCUAAAAUCUUCAGAGCCAAAUGGCAUCCUUACUGAAACAAGCUGAAGGCUUCUUCAAAAAGGGUAACAGAGAUGGACUGCUCCCUAUAGCAAAGCAAACUGUGGAACAACCAAUACCUGCUGGCUGAGUGAGGAGAUAAUAUGGGUGUGCGUAAUCGAAUUGCUGAACAAGGGAGGUUCUUUUGCAUAGAAGUGAUGGGCCGUUUGGUUCGAUGCAUCAGAAGAGGAUUACAUGUAAUUCUGAUGCACGUCUCCCAUUCAUGCUGUUUGGUUGGUCCACUGUAAUGUAAAGGGGACAUGCGAAGGGGAUUGCCUCAAAUGCUGUAAUAGGGAUUACAUCACUAGACCUAUGUAAUCUCUAUUCCACUACCCUGAAUCCACCAUUGUACCAAAAUACUCCCAUCCUCUUGUGCUCAUCUUUUGACGUUUGACCCACCCUCCUUCUCUGGCGCCGUUCCCACCCUCCCCCAUCGACGGCCGCCUUCUUUCUCAUAUAGUCUUCGUCUCCUACCUUUUCUACUCCCUUCGAUCGAUGACGCUGUUGAGGAGAUCCAGAAACCCUCUAAUGAAACCAACAUUUUGAACAUCAUCUUCGGAAUCAGAGCUUCGGCGAAGCUAUGGAAACAAAGGAAAGAGUAUAUCAAGGUCUAGUGGAGGCCUGAUCAAAUGCGUGGCAUCGUUUUGGCUAUGCUCCGGCUUUUGGGUUUUCCAGAUUUUCCAGAUUCAAAUCACACCAACAGUUCUCACCAUCUUCAACUUGAUUUUUCAUAUUGCGGGGCUUUUGGGUUUGGUUUUGCUGUGCGUGGAGUGUGCCGGCAAAGAAGGAAGUUUGUUGUUGUUGUGUUCGGCCAGGAAAAGAAGGAAGAUGCUUGAAUUUUCUUGUUGGGGUUUAACUUAAAAAAGUCAUUU